CGUAAUGGCUAAGCGCGGCCCGCAGUCAUCCUUAAACCAUCUGAACUGGAACGAAACCGACGAGCCGGAAGAGAAGGGCGAGUUUGCAAAGGCCAGCGACGACGUUUUAAAACUGCGAGUGAUAAAGAAAGCUCGGCGCCGGGUAGCGACGGACGCGGCGGACAGUACCGCACCGGGUGCGGCCCCUUCGGCUUCCGUGUUUGGCUCGUUCAAAGGGUUCGCAUCGACACCGCUGGCGAAGGGAGGGGGCACGGAUAAGCCGGAUGGUGCGCCCAGUUUUUCCUUCCUCUCAACGCUUGGUGGUGCCGCCAAAACGAAUGGUAACGGAACCGCCACCGUAUCAUCGAGCGGUGCCGACAGUGGUGUAGCCGGUUCGACGAAGCCAAUGUUUUCGUUCGGCACGAAUCAGGGCACAAUCGGUGCGGCAGAUGCUGGCAAAAAGAUGUUCACCUUUGGAACACCCAAUGCACUGAAAGCGGACAGUACGGAGGGAGGGAAAAAUGCGUCCUCCACAUCAUCCGGAUUUGGUAUAUCAUCAUCAAAGGACAGUGAAAAGGACGGUACGGGUAAAGGAUUGUUCAGCUUUGGCGGUGCAACGGCAGCUAAUCCGGCAACUGCGGGACCGACACCAACCUUCUCCUUCGGCACGGUGCCAACUAAAUCGACGACAGAUUCAUCGAAACCGGAAAAAGGCUUCACGUUCGGGAUUGUUGGUGGCAACAAAGAUAAGUCAUCUGACACGACACCGAAAGGGACAUUUUUGUUCGGUUCCGCUGCCGCCAAGACCGACACCGGGGAGACGGAAAAGAAGACAAUCGCUUUCGGUGCAAAAGAUUCCUCCCUAAGUGCGGCCUCCUCGACGGGUAUGUUUAAUUUCGGAUCGAACGCUGCCAAAACCGACACGAACGAUGCAGAAAAGAAGACAUUCGGCUUGGGUAGCUCACCGGCCGCUACCAAAAGCACAUUUGCGUUUGGUUCGCCGGCUACAAAAACUGACUAUUCCGAGACGGAAAGGAAAGGAUUUACUUUUGGAAGUUCGCCGGUUGCAUCGAAAGAACCUCCGAAAGGAAUAUUCUCGUUCGGUUCGCCCGCAACUAAACCGGCCACAGCUGCUGACACAUCCGACAAAGCAACCGUUACGUUCGGUUCGCCGGCUGGCACGAAAGACACACCAACCACCACACCAAAGGGCACGUUUUCGUUCGGUUCGGUAGCGCCGAAAGCGGACGAAGCAUCCGAUAAGAAGGCUACAACAUUUUCGUUCGGAUCUAUCGCUUCUUCCGGCACACAAGGUUCGCCGAAAAGUACAUUCUCUUUCGGUUCAGUUCAACCCGGCAAGAAUGAUGCGAUCGGCUUUGGGGCAGCAGCAUCCUCUCCUGCCAAGAAACCAUCCGAGCCAGAAAAGAAAACGUUUUCCUUUGGCAUUCCUCCCGCUUCGAGCGUUCCGGUGGACAAAAGCAAGGCUUCGUUCGGCGCCCCGAAGGAGAACAGCGAAGACACGCUGAAGAAAAUGUUUAGCUUUGCCCCAUCGACAACGGCACCGGCCCCGAAGGUAGUGGAUUCCGGUAAAAAAGAUGAGGAAAAGAAAUCGAUGUCAUUCUCACAUACUACAACCACCACCACAAAUCCGACACCCACGACCACCCAGUCCACCAGCAUGAAAAAGAACGUGAUUGCACUAAACCAUGCGUUCGUCGCGUGGAUUACGCAAAAGUGUAAGGAGAAUGCGUACUGCAACUUUAGUCCGGUGUUUAAAAGUUAUGAAACAUAUUUUGCGAAAUUCAAAGAAUUGGAACAGAAUGGUACGGAACAAAGUGUGUCCAACAGUACGGAGUCGGGUGCUGCUACGAAAUUAACGUUGCCAUCUUCCCAACCAUCGAAAACAGAAGGAUUCCCGGGUAUCCCGACAGCAAAGCCUGGACUGGAGCCUAAACCAAUCGAUCCGAUUGCGAAAGAACCCGAAAAAACUAAGGAAAAGACAGGCUUCUUCUUCGGUACUUCAGCACCAAAAGAAUUGCCCACAGCGAAAACGCUUGCUCCGGCCAGCGGUGGCUUUACGUUCGGUUCCGGGAAACCACUUACAUUCGGUGGAUUUUCGAGCACCAAUGCCGCUCCCAGCACGGCAAGCACCACCACUAACAACGCCUCAACGGUGUCGACCAGUUCGCCAUCCUUUUUUGCCGGUGCAUCAACAUUCGCCAGCAAAUCACUAACUCCCGGAGGAUUUACAUUCGGUAGCGGAAUAGUUAAGCCACCGGUUCCGGAUAGCAGUGCGGCCGGUGUUAAUAAAGACACGGCCGGCGGGGAAGAUGCCGAUGAUGACGAACCACCGAAGGUAGAAUUUACUCCGGUCGAGGAAAAGGACAGUGUGUACUCGAAGCGUUGCAAGCUGUACUUUAAGGUGGAUUCAUCGUACUCGGACCGUGGCGUGUGUACGCUACACAUAAAAAAAGUCGAUGGGAAGGUGCAGUUGCUGGUCCGUGCCGAUACCGCCCUUGGCAACAUUCUGCUUAACAUCAUACUGAACGAAUCGGUACCACUGCAGCGUGUAGGCAAGAACAAUGUAAUGUUGAUCUGUUUACCGUUGCCGGACUCGAAACCGCCACCGACAUCGGUACUGUUGCGCGUAAAGACAGAGGCCGAAGCGAACGACUUGAUGGAAACGUUGAUGAAAUACAAACCGAAGUAG